AUGGAGAUCAUCAACGGGACUACAGUGCAGGAAUUCAUUCUUCUGGGCUUCAGAGUUGGACCACAGGGACGCUUGUUCCUUCUCAUCUUCUUUACAGCUGUCUACACCCUCACUUUGGCCGAAAACUUCAUCAUCAUCAUGAUAGUGGUUCAAGAUGCUCGCUUGGCUCGUCUGCCCAUGUACAUCCUGCUGAGCAACUUCUCCUGGCUGGAGAUAUGUUAUGUGAGUGCCACCGUGCCAAGGAUGCUCUUUGACCUAUCCUUUCCAGGUGGGGUCAUCUCCUUCCAUGCCUGCUUCCUCCAGUUUUACAUUUUUUUCUCCCUUGGCACUUCUGAAUGUCUCUUCCUCUCAGCCAUGGCCUUGGAUCGGUUUUUGGCCAUCUGCCGCCCACUGCGCUACCCACAAAUCAUGACCCAAGAUUUCUGCUAUGCCCUGGUGACUGCUUGUUGGGUUGUUGGCUUCCUGUGGUAUGUUGUACCAGUGGUUUUGAUCUCCAAGUUGUCCUUCUGUGGUCCCAACACACUCAAUCACUUUGUGUGUGACUCUGGCCAACUCCUAGCUGUGGCCUGCCCCCCACUGGGGUACCUCCCCAUCUUCUGCUACAUCGUCACCUCUUCUGUGGUUCUGGGCACCUUCCUUUUCAUUGUGGUCUCCUAUGCCUGUGUAGUUUUUACCCUGGUGAAAACAUCCAGCCAAAGCACUGGUGUCAAGGGCUUUUCGACGGUGUCUUCCCACCUAGCAGUGGUGACCGUCUUUUAUGGCACUGUGGUGGCUAUGUAUAUAGGUCACAGCAGUGAAAGUGACACUGAGAACACUAAAAUGAUGACUCUCUUCUACAAUGCAAUUGCCCCUCUGUUUAACCCCCUGAUCUAUUGCCUCAGGAAUGAUCAGGUGAAGGAAGCAUUGGUUAGGCUGUUGAAAACAAAGAGGGUGAUGUAG